AUGUCUCUUUCUACUAACGAGGACCCGGAAUCUUUGUCGUAUUCGGUAGUGGAUCCAACACUUGUCACCUCCACUGCGUCACAUCAACACCAACAAGAACAAGAAUUGCUUCUGAGCUUCACAGUUCCCGAACCUCCAAUUUCCACCAAAGAACUGAGUCUGGCCACAGAAACGGCCGAGCAUGAACUGCAAGGUACGCCGCAUCCAGAAAAGCCCCGAACACUCUGGAUGGGCGAUCUCGAUCCAUGGCUCGAUGAAAGUGCCAUUGUCGACUUGUGGUGGCAGAUUUUGCGCUCCAAAGUCAGCGUGAAAUUGAUCAAACCGAAAUUCAUCAAACCGGAGUCGGGAUUCACCGGUCUAUCCCAUUCGGGUUACUGCUUCGUUGAGUUCCAACUGUAUGAGGAGGCACAGCUGGCUUUGGCCCUCAAUGGCCAGUUGUUGCCGGAUAUUGCUAUGCCCUCGCAGAAACACUUUCCCAACAAUCCAGACAACCAGAAAAAGUAUUUCCGGCUCAACUGGGCUUCAGGGGCCACAUUAACAGCUCCUCUCAUCCAUACGCCCGAGUACUCGCUUUUUGUUGGUGAUCUUACUGCCUCUACAACUGAGGCGCACUUACUUCUGUUCUUCCAAAAAUCCUUUCCCAAUUCUAUCCGUACUGUCCGAGUGAUGACAGACCCUGUUUCAGGGAAAAGCAGAUGUUUUGGCUUUGUUCGUUUUACAGAAGAGCUGGAGCGCCAAAGAGCGUUGCGUGAGAUGAAUGGCGCCUGGUUCGGUGGAAGACCCUUGCGUGUUGCUCUUGCCACACCUCGAAACACGGCAUUGCUCAGAAAAUCUCCCGAUCAGAAGAACAUGUACUCUGGUCUUUCCCCGGCAGUUCCUCAGAGUCCUGCUAUGAUACCCCAAGAGUUCAUGUACAUGGGCGGGCCACAGGGCUCAGGCGGCCCACCGGGCCCCAUGAACUCUUCUUACGGCUACUUUCCGCCAAUGAUGGGCGACAAAAAUGAGUUUGGUAUGAAUAUGGCGGGCCAUCCUUACCUGGACCCAUCCAAUACGACAGUGUUUGUUGGAGGACUCCGGUCUGAAGUCAGCGAGCAGACACUCUUCACCCUAUUCAAGCCUUUCGGCACAAUCCAACAGAUCAAGAUUCCACCAGGGAAGAACUGCGGUUUUCUAAAGUAUUCUACUCGGGAAGAGGCCGAGGAAGCCAUUCAGGCAAUGGAAGGCUUUAUCAUUGGCGGAAAUAGGGUCCGUUUGGGUUGGGGCCGCGUUUCGGCAAACAACAAAAAGUUUCACCAGCAGCGGCAGAUGGCUCAGGUAGCCCAGAUGCAAGCCGCUGCCGCCAUGUCUAUGGGAAUGGACCCUGCUGCUGCGUUUGCUGCUGCUCGCUUUCCACCAGGCGCACAAGGCCCAGUGCCUUCCUCUUCUCAAGGUUUUGGCCCGAUCCCUAUUGGAAUUCCCCAGAUGGCACCCAAUCUCCAUGGAAUGCGGCAGUUUGCUCCGCCCGAUGGUAUGACGCCGAUGAGUGAAACAGGCAGCGAAGACACGUCAUCGGAUACACCAGGGCAGCCCAUGUUCUGGCCUCCUCCUCCAGAUGAAAAUGAACGCUUCUAUCAAGGUUAUCCUGGGGGAGGUGUUGGCCAAGAGAAUAUGAGUGCAAUGUUCGAAAAGCUCUCCUUGGAGAACAAUGCGCUUCCGCUUCCUCACCCGCCUCUACCUGGUUACCAACAGGGUAUAUUUGUUCCAUACGGUGGAUACGUACCACCCAACUAUUCUUUCGGUCCUCCGAAUGAGGAAGACAAGGAAGAGGGGUCGGAACAACAAGAAUCCGAGCAUCAAGCGGCGGCACACCCAGAUGGCGAAGACCAGGACGGCGACGAGAAUGCCGAGGAGCACAACGAGGAACACGACGAGAAAAAAGAUGAAGAAGAAAAAGACACUCAGGGUAAUGACCACUGA